GUGGUCUUACACACAGGAAACACUUAUCAGCACUGAAGUACUGAACAUGUUCCUGCUCAAACUGCUUAUAUUCACUUUAACGUUUUAUGAACUUAUCGUUGAUUUGGAUGCCACGAUUUGCCCAAAAGGUCAUCAAGUAGUUCUUGGCAAAGCCGGUGGCAGUGAUGGUUGUGAAAUCUGCCCUGAUGAAUAUUACCAGCCUGAAGAGAAUGAUUCCCAACACUGCCGAGCAUGUAUAAAGUGUGAUGAGAGAAUGGGCAGUGUACUUAAAGAGCAGUGCACGAAAGAGAAAAACACUAAAUGUCAGUGUCGCAGAGAAUUUGUUCCUUUGGAUUCUUCCACUUGCAAAUGCAACAAGGGAUUUGAACUACAACAUGGAGAAUGUUCAGAAUGUUCAGAGGGAUAUUUCAGCAGACGUAUAAACUCGCGCUGUCAAAAAUGGAAAGAAUGUAAAUCCGGAGUGAAGUCUUUGGGAACCAAGACCUCAGAUGUCAUUUGUAAUGUAGAGUUGAACAGUGACAUCACUACACCAACGACAUCAAACAAAAGAGUUUCCCUAAUCACACGAUUGACAUCCCAGCGUUCAUAUGAGGGGGACAAAACUCAGAGAGGCCAUCCUACCACUACCAUCACUACCACCAGCAGCAGAACCUUCACCAUGGCUGCUCCAGGACACACAAGGGACAAUUUGCAGCCUCUCCAUCCUUCAGACACAGGCACCUACAUUGGUGCAGGUAUGGUCCUCCUCAUUUUUGGAAUUAUGGGAUUGCUUGUACUGACCGUUGUGACCUGCAAGCUGCACAUUACUCCUCAACUAGCAGUACCAAAAAAUGACUCAUUGUGUCGAAGCCCAGUUGAGGAAAGCGGAGAUAGCAGUCAAUCUUUUCUCAAACUGAAUCCAGAGGAGCACUGAGGUCUCAAAUGAAUCCAGAGGAGCACUGAGGUCUCAAAUGAAUCCAGAGGAGCACUGAGGUCUCAAAUGAAUCCAGAGGAGCACUGAGGUCUCAAAUGAAUCCUUCGACUAAGAAUUUUUAGAUCACAUAAUUAUAAUUUUUCUUAUGUUAUUGGUAGAAAUACAUCAGAAAAACGAUUUACUGUACCUGUAUUGUAUCAGGUGUAAGUUAAAUAGUAAAAGGUAGCUUACCUAAUAGCAUUUUAUAUUAUCAACCUUUGUUUCUCUCUCUAAAAUGCACGUAUGUUUUGAUGUUUUUAAGCCUUAUUGUGUUAUAUAAUGCAAAAUGGUUUAAUGGGGCAAAAGACAAGUUUCUGAGAAAUAUACAGUAUAAACAGUAUUGUAGUAGGAAUCAAUACCAUCGAUUAUGAACUGCUAGAGAGACAUUUUACUUUCUUCAUGCAGUUUUUUCUGUCUCUACUUUUUAAAUGUUUUGUUUAGUCAGUUCUGUUCUACUGUAGCAGAUCUUUUGAGUCAAAAACAUGCUUUCAGUUGUGUGUGGGGUUGGGGGAUUUCCCGUAGUGGAUUUUAAUGUGCCUCUUUUCCCCACUGAGAGAUACUUCCUCUCAUGUUUUCGUUUCAGCAAUUGGAAUGAUUGAUUUUGUAAAUGUGGAGACUUUCAUGUUGUUUAUACCUCACUGGAGACUUUCCCCAGAUCAGUAGAGUCAGAGAAGUUAUGAAAGCAUGUUCUCAUUAUUUUUAUUCACUUAGGUUUUACUAAGACAAUCAAGCCUUUAAAUCACAGCUGGGUUUGAGCGUACCUGGCGGGCCCAGGUAGGAUCUCAGGAACUCAUCUAUACCUUUAACAGCGCCCUCUGUUGGAAUACCUCAGGGAUUGAAAUGACCUAACAUUUCUUAUUUACAGUAAACUCAGUGGUGGACAAAGUAUUCAGGUCCUUUACUUAAGUACAAGUAUCAGUACAACAAAGUAAAAAUACUAAUUUUACUUAAAGUAUCAAAAGUGUGUUUUGAGUUGUUGGACUUUUCUCUAAUGUUAGAUUUUUCUUCACUGUUUAAACAACAAACCAACUUGUUGCCAUGUGACUCACAUUGCUUGUUUGUGAAAUAUUUUGUCAGCAACUUUUGUUCUUUGUUUUGUGCACUGUGGUGCCCUGAUAUGUGAAUAAAGAUUUGGCUUUUUGUACAACUAAA